ACAAGUCCUGGAGGAGGUUGGAGCGAAGAGCACUCUGCUGCCCGACUUUUCAACGACAAUCGUCCGUCUGUCCGAGCCGCAAAGCUGAGCCAAACGUUCACGGUGCGUAAUUACGCACGGAAACGAAAAUUCCGCGGUGUUUUUCGCUGUGGAAACCACGCGGACAAAGAAGGGCAGUCGGACAACUGACUUGAGCGGAGAGGAGUACUGUUGGAGGGGAAACCGGGGGAAUCUGGAGUCGGAAGUGAUUUGUCUUUUUUCUUUCUUUUUUUUUUUCCCCUUCGGAAAUAUAACUUACGUCCAGGAUUUUAGGGAAGAAAAAUCGUUUUGGAGAACGGGGAGUUAGGAGUGGAAUCAGCCCCCCAAAACAAUCUGAAUCCUUGGAGCAUGGGAGGAGCUGUCUGCCAGCUGUAAAAUGUACCCGCUACACCGAGAGAGGGAGCAGCCCAUCUUCAGUGCCAGAGCUCAUGUGUUCCAGAUCGACCCGGCCACCAAACGCAACUGGCUGCCGGCCAGCAAACAUGCCGUCACUGUGUCCUUCUUUUAUGAUGCCACCCGCAAUGUGUACCGCAUCAUCAGUGUGGGUGGAACUAAGGCCAUCAUCAACAGCACCGUCACCCCCAACAUGACUUUCACCAAAACCUCCCAGAAGUUUGGCCAGUGGGCAGACAGCCGGGCCAACACUGUCUACGGCCUGGGCUUCUCCACGGAGCAGCAGCUGCAGCAGUUUGCUGAGCAGUUUAAGGAGGUGAAGGAGGCAGCCCGUCUAGCCAGAGAGAAAUCCCAGGAGAGGUUUGAACUGGCCAACCCCGCACUCAACAUUGCAGCUCCACAGCUCUCACAGGAGCUGUCGGAGGACCGCCAUUCACCGCCGCUGCUGACAGUCAACGGGCCCGGGGAGGAAAAGCUGUUUCGCAGCAAGAGUGCUGAAGUGGAGCUGACAGCAGAGAAAGAAAGGGUCAAGAAGAUGUUGUCUGAAGGGUCCAUGUGUGAGAUCAACUUGGAAGCUGAACUCUUCACUCUUCAAGACAGCAAUGCCAAGCUUGUGGCAGCACUGCAGGAAGCCAACAGCAGCGUGGAACAGUGGAAGAAGCAGCUGGCUGAAUACCAGGAAGAGACUGAUCGCCUCCGAGACCAGGUGGCCGAGCUUGAAGCCCAGCUGGGGCGUCCUGCUGCUGGACAGCCUGGUAAAGAGGAGCUGAGCCGGUCACUGGAGGAGUUGGAAGCCCUGCUGAGAGCCAAAGACCAGGAAAUUCACAAUCUGCAGAGCAAGAGAACAGAUGUUGGUGAGCUGGAGAGGGAGAGAGAGGAGACCAUGCAGAGACUCAAGGAUCUGGAGAGACGAAACACCGAGCUGGAGGAUCAUGUUCAGAGCACCGAAAAAACACUAGCCUCCAACCGGGAGGACCAGGUGCACGCGGAGGUCGAGGUACGGCGGAUUAUUGAUGUUCUGGAUAUCAAAAUCGGCGACCUGAACAACCUGAGAGAAAGUUUGGCAAAACUGGUCAACAAGUAGCCACAGCAGGAACUGGGGUGCAUCUCCACGGUCUCGUUCAGCCCUGAUUGGUGUUUAACUGAUGUAACAGUAGAGAAAAGGUCAAAGCAACAUGGAGGCAAACACACUAAAGUUGAACUUGCUUUGUUUUUUAAGAUCAGCACAGCACUGGAAACAUCUUAAAGGUGCUAUGUGCAGAAUAAAGCAUCUGUGCUGUUUACCAUUAACACCAUUCAUUUAAGAUCCCUCCUCUCGUAGAAAUGAGCGCUUUUCAGACAUAGGAUGUGUUGCUGACUUAUUAUUCUGUUAAAGUGCUCAUUCAGAUAUAGGUCACUUUUACACUAAUGUUCCACAUGGUUUCCCUCAGACAUAUCCAGUGCUGCAAUGCGUACAAUACUUCCAAUACAUGGAAGACUGGAUAGUUUUAGUGGGUUAACCACACUCUGCCAAUGUUGAUGUGUCACUGGUUUGUGUAAUCGCAGCUGUGAUGGCGGAGGUGGCUGAGUAAAAAGAGAUGAUGUCCUGAGCCUCCUGCAGCUCCAUAUUGUAUUCCUCAUGGCUCUUUCUUUCCUCGUGUUACCUUGGCUCUUUUAGAGCCCUGUCCUCUAAUUCCCUUUGCUGUGCUGAAAGGGAUGCGUAAAUGUUACUCAGUUCAACCUAGUAAGAUUGCAGUUUCAACAUUUAUAGAAAACUGACCGCAGAACUCUUUUGGAUAUGAAAUUGAUGCAUUGAAAUACUGUCAGGUUAAUGGAAAGAAGUGCAUAUCUGAAAGUGUCUUUUUUCAAAUUCUGACCUUGUGAUUUUCAGUAAUAAAGAGGAGAGUUGAAGCAUUUCAGCCUAAUGGUACAAAGCACCUUGAAAUGAGGACCCUAGCAUUUUGCAAAGGCAGAUACUGAAGGUAACAGGUACUGAAGGAUAUUAGAACUGUUAUUUAUUUUUUUGCUAAAUGCAGAGUAGUACAUUUACCAGUAUUAUUGUGUUUUAUUACUAAAUUAAAGUAAUUAACAGUGGCAGUAGAACUAGGAAAGAGGUAACCUGAUAGGGUUUGCACUGUUGUGUUUCCUUGCAAAGCUGAAAGUCUAAAACACUUAAACCAUGUCUGGACAUAAAUAGUAAAACUGCAGUGCUGUAAGCAGGGGUUUCAUUAACCUUGAGAUAGCUAUAAAAAUAAAGUUUUAUUGGCAGUUAUAUUUUAUAGCUAUAUUAAACAUAAGCAAUUUAUCAUAAAUCUAUCUGUUCGGGCCAUAGAAACAAAGUGACUUUCCAUACAUGCUUAUUUCAGUGCAGUUUUCACAGAAGCCUUUUCAAUUUUUUUUUAAAAACUAAAAGCCCCCAAAUAAUACCAAUCAUUGCAGCUUUUAGAUUUGCAUUUUCUCUCUUUACAGUUAGUGCUAUUAAGCUAUACCAGGUAAAAUAUCUGCUUUUACACGACAAUUCUGUUGAGACUGUGGAGAUGCACCCAGUCGGAGUGUGGUCCAUGUAAGAGCCUAUGGAAGCAAAGGCCCUGGGUAGAGUCUGCUCCAGUUCACCGUCAUCAGCCUAGACUGGUCUCUCACCAGCCAAACUCAGAGAUGCAACAACCUGCUCCCAUUCUGUCUCCUCGAUCGCCAGUGUACAUCUGUUUUUGUUCAUGUUUUAUAAGGACUGCUCUUUCUCACCACUUAUUCUAUUAUUCAUGUUCAUCGAUGAGUUGCUCACAGUUAGGAUGGGAAAGCAGCCACAAAUGCUGCAAAAUUCAAGCGGCAGCAACUGAGUUUGUUAUGUAUACUGCUCUGGACAGUAAGAUGAGCAGUUAAAAGAAACGUGUGGCACUGUGGUCUGUAGACAGGUGCUGUUUUCCCACCCAGAUAUUGAGAUUUUGCUUGACAAUGUUUGUGCCAAGUUUUAUUUUGUUUACAUUUGUCAGUGUUCACAAAAUUAUACAAUUCUACUCAAUGUACUUUUUCUUUGUUGGUUAACACUAUCAGUUAUUAUAAUAGUAAUAACCCUAGAGAGAGGCUCAGUGGAGCUGCAGUAGAUCACUACAAGAGCACUGCAUGAGCUCUGCAGAAGCCCCCUUCCUGCCAAGAAAUGUGAAACUCUGUGUGUGUGUGUGUGUGUGUGUGUGUGUGUGUGUGUGUGUGUGUGUGUGUGUGUGUGUGUGUGUGUGUGUGUGUGUGUGUGUGUGUGUGUGUGUGUGUGUGUGUGUGUGAAUACUGGUUCAAAACCAUUGUUGUAAGGACAUUUGAAAUGACACUGACAACUUUAAAGGGCAAUUUGAGGGUUAAAGGGACAGUUCACCCCAAAAUUAAAUGCACGUUUUUCCUCUGGCCCAUAGUGGUCUUUACCCAUCAAGAACGUUUGGGUGAGAGUUGAAGAUAUCUGCUGUAGACAUGUCUGCACACUCUUGAAUAUAAUGACCAUCAAAUGACACUUGCGCUGUGGUCCCCAAAAGCAGAAAUGUCUCUUUUUAGGUCUUUUGACCCUGUUACCUUGGUGUGAGCAAGUUCAUGUGGGAACUGUUUCUUUCUACCCAAGUACACCCACCAACCAAAGGAAGCUCGCAGCUAGUUAAAUUUAAAGCAGAACUGAGGUGGCUGCUGUUUAGAUUCUGUUACACUGUUAUGAACAGAAACUUUUCAUCACAGGUAAAUGCAGUGAUAUGGCUGACAGGCUUAGUAAAGUAGAAAGAAAAUAAAUCCUACAUCUGCUCUGCUCUACAAUCUGCUCACAAGGCUUAUGAGUCUUGAAUUUUCAAAUAUUUAUUGCUGCUUUGAGCAAUGCCAGACAGCUGCCUUUUAGUUCCAUUAUAAUAACUAGUACAUGCCCAUGCUAUAGGAUUUCUUUGGCCUGUUCAUGAAUAAUUGAAGCUUUGGGGAUAAAUUAUUUGCUAUUGUUGUGAAAUUAAAUAAUAUGAUGCUUUUAUAAGGUGUUGGAGGUGUUAAAUGCUAAAAAAAAAAAAGAGAGAAAAAGUCAUUUUAGCCUGUUGCUAGGUGGUCAUUAGGCAAUGUGAUGAUGUCAUAAUAUAUGAUAUAGAUAAGAACCUUCAGGGGCCUAAGAUGUUCCUGUAGGAGGAGUUAGAGGCCAAAGAAACAAACACAGAAACAGAUUUAUAGACAGCUCUACAGCUGAUGUCUCUGAAAUUGGCCAACUCGCACAAAACGAUUUAGAUGGAUAAAUUCACAACCCUACAGAUGUAUCUUAUUUUGCGGUGAAUGUUCCCUUUAAGGCUUUGUUUUUAGGUUAAUAUUGGAACAGUGGUAAGGUCAGGGAGCAUGAAUGUCCUCACAAAAAUGGUGAAACCUACAUGGAUGUGUAAGUAACUUAAAGUUAAAAAGCACAACUGGAGAAGUUUUAGUAAAUUGGUACUUAAUUGACUUGUCUGUCAGCGCUGUAUGAGAAUUUCUGAUGCACAAUAUCUAUUGAUCUUUGCUUCUUGCCCUGUAACGAGUUAUUGAGUUCUUUAUAUGACAGUAAUAGCCUAGAUACAAAUAAGAUGCAGGUUUUUGCAGCUGGUGAUGCAGUGACUGCCAGAAUCGUAACAUGUCAAAAUGUGAAAUAUGUUAAUGUAAUAAACUACAAUAUAAUGUAAUAACACUCCAUUAUUACCCUCUCUUGCUUUUAUUGUUUUGUUAGUAUUAUAGCAUGUUCAGCUGACAGUGUAUGUAAUAUACUGAUUUAGGAUAACCUCUUAGGUUUUAGUUCAGGUAAUUACAAGAAUUGCCUCACCACUUCUAAGUCUGAAUGCACUAAUGAUGUUAAUAAUUCCAUGUUUCUUCAUUAUAUUGCCGUUAUCACAUUAACACUCAGUAUAAAGACUGAUAUUUCAUCACUUUGACAAGUUACAAAAAGUCUGGGGUUUUCUAACAUCAGCUGCUACAUGCAACAAUUACAGAAUUAGCAAUAAAAAAUUCCUAGCAUAAUUGCCUGUUAAUAGUUGAUACAAGUACUUUGUAGAUAAUGAAUCCUCUGCAAAACCUGUUGUGUUUGCAUUAUUUUUUGUCAUGGUUUCACCAGAAUGAGAAUCUGCUACAGCUAUUAUUGAGCAUGAAGGAAACACAGAGGCUAGCAGUUCCUCUGAAUAAGCUCCACAUGGAUGACAUCAGAAACACUUAGCCUCAUACGGCCUUAUUCCAGUGUUUGACUGCUGCACAAUCACAUUGUGUACAUGCAUUAGUAGUUCUUGUAUACACAGGGCUGGGGCAGAGGAUGCCCUCUACCCAGAGGCUGCAGAGUAGAAUACUUCUUCCUUUUAAGAUAUCACUUAAGCAUUUCACAACAUGAUUUACAAUACAAAAUAUAAUCAGAGAAAUAACUAAAACUCAUCUGCAGUAUUGUUGUGUAGCUACAUCACAUUAAAGGAGUAAUCCACCUCAUAUUUCAGGAUGUUUAUGGACCUGCUGGUGAGUUAAACUGCACUUCUGUCUCCUUUUCAUGUUUAAAUGAUUCACUGUGGCUGCAAUGACAAACCACAUUUUACAGCUUCACUUUAUGUUUCUGCUCAAAUAUGUCUGAGUAAAUACCCUUUCAUACCCCUUAUUAAGUAUCAAAAUACAUUUUCGAAAAUGUAGAUCACCAGAUGUUUGAGGGGAUAUAUUUUUGAGUGUGUGUGUGUGUGAAUUCCUCCUGAAAUAUCCUGGAAUAAGGACUUUUUGAAACAUCUAUUGCUAACUCUGAGAGAAAGCAGUACCAAAGAUGACCAACUGUCCUACAGAAGCCAAAACUGGAAGAAAUUAACAGCCAGUGUAUGAGUGACUGUGAUCUUCAUCUCAAGUCAGCUUUUACUUUUCAUUUAUUGCUAUCUGAAACAUUUUACCUUUCAGUAUGACUCUUAAAUACCUCAGAAUAGCUUAGUUCAGGUUAGUUUCAUUGAAGUGUCCCAAAAUAAAAGGAAGGUACAAAAAAGACAGGCUGAAGAGAGGUGCUUGUAUGGGAUUUGUAUAUAACUGUUUUAAACAUUAAAACUUAACACGCAAAGUCA